AUGAUGCUUCGGAACUCUCUUGUCGCGGCGAUACUGCUUCUCUCCCCGGCUGCCAUCAGUGCCGCCCGGUACCGCCUUCGCACGACGACCUACUCGAUGACUCUUGCCACCAGUUUGGAUCUGAAGAAUGAGAAUUGCCGCAAGAAUUUUGGAAACGAUGCGGUUUUGUUGGAUAUGAAGACGGUAGGGGACCAAUUCGACAACGUGGACGAUUUCAACGAAGCCUUGGCAUCCGUCUUUUUCAACAAACCCACCAGUUCCUUUAUGGUCACUUACGAUGGCACCGAUGUUCCUCCGGGAGAAAACCAUGACAACAAGUGCUACGUGGUCCGGACCACGGGUACGUCCAGUAUUGACACGUAUGGAAAAGCCCGCGUUAUGGUGAACGAACACGAAGCUCCCAUUCUCUGUGUCGUACCCACCGAGGGAGAUACAACGCCCAAAGCAUAUGUUCCCAAAGAAAAAAGCAGUGGCAGUGGCAACGAGAAGAAGAGUCGCGGCAUUUGGAUGAACACGUCCAUUCUAUUGGUCGUCUUGGGAGCUUUUUUUGUCGUCAAGAGACGUAACAGUGGGGGCAUGCCCUCCUUCUCCGAGGCAUACUACAAUAUUCUGGAUGGCAAGGCCCGUGGACCCGUCUCGGCCACGGAUGGGUACCGGUCGUAUGAGGGACACGACUUGGGUGCCCAUUUGACGCAAGGAUGUGAAUUGUCCUACAAUCCUGCCGUGCAAGGGUUGGUGUGA